AGCGCUGGUUGUACUGGGAGCGCUGUGGGCGCGCUGGGCCGCCAGGGGGCGCUGUGAACUCCCGCCGGGGCUCGCCCCGCUGACAGCUCGCACGUGACGUCACAGCCCCGCGCCGCUCAGUGACGUCACAGCUGCGCGCCGCGCGGUGCCGGCAUGGCGGCGGCGGCGGAGGAGGAGGAGGAGGCCGCGGUGCCGCCGCAGAAACGCUUCUACCGGCAGCGCGCGCACUCGAACCCGCUGGCCGACCACACCCUGUGCUACCCGUCCCGCCCUCAGGACAUGGACUGGGCCUCGCUGUUCCCGAGUUUUUUCCCGCCCGAAGCCCCCCCCGGGACCCCCCCGGCCCGCGUGGAGUUCGCAGAUGUGGGGUGCGGCUACGGGGGGCUGCUGGUGGCUCUGGCCGAGCGUUUCCCGCGCACGCUGGCUCUGGGUUUGGAGCUGCGGGGGAAGGUGGCCGCGUUCACCCGCGCCAGGAUCCGGGCGCUGCGGGCGGCCCAGCCCGGCCGCUUCGGCAACGUGGCCUGCGUCAGGGGCAACGCCAUGAAACACCUGCCCCACUUCUUCCUGCGGGGCCAGCUCUCCAAGCUGUUUUUCCUGUUCCCUGACCCCCACUUCAAGCGCACCAAGCACAAGUGGAGAAUCAUCAGCCCGGCCAUGCUGGCCGAGUACGGCUACGUGCUGCGCCCCGGGGGCCUGGUGUACACGGACGGCCUGGCGCUGCCCCAGCAGCUGCGGGGGGCUCUGGACGCCCCCAAAUCCUCUGGACCCCACCCCAGAUCAGCUCGAGGAGCGCCGGGGCCGUGCCGGGACAAGCCGGGGCAGCGGCGGCUGCGGGGCGUGUCCCCCCCGGAUUGGGGAACCCGAAAGACUCCCCCGGCCCGGUGCCCCCGGCCCCGGAUCAGCCCCAACAGCGACCCCGACCCCGCCGCGAACGGGCGCUCCCGGCCCCUGCAGGGCCCCCCGGCCGUGUUCCACUGCCCGGGGCUGCCGCCGGCCCCGGAAGAGCCCCGGUGA